AUGCUGGUCAGCAGGAACCUUUUGAAGAAGGAGUCCGGCUGCACCCAAAGACCUCCGGUGGUGCAUCCUGGUCGAGCUCAUCGCCGCCGAUUGCUCAUUGCAGCGCUUCGCAAGCUGGAUGAUUCGCCCAUGCCGAACUCCAACAUGCGAGGCUCUUGCGUGGAAGGCCUUUGGGCGAUUAUGUUCAGUGGGCACUCUUCGAAGGAACGUAGCGCCCACCCGCAAGAGAUUCCUGUCCUCGUGGACACUCCGAUCAAAGAUGCAGCAUAUCCAGACUCUGACAGCGAGACUUCCAGCACAAUGACGCGGGUGUCCACUCGCAGCUGCACGGACUGUGAAUCCAACGCAUAG